CUCUCUCUCCCUUCCUUAUUACAGAAAUUCUGAAGCACUGAAGCCAUGAUUUCCACUUUUCCCUCCAUUUUUCCUUCCUCCGACCCAUUCCUCGCAAGCCCAUUUCCCUCCUUCGACGGCGGAUUCACGCCAUGGGACUGCCAAGAGCUUUUCCCGGCCGCCGCUGCCACCGCCGUCCAAUCCCCCAAACCGGCCAUCACCUCGAACUCGUACGGUUCGGGUGACCCGGAUCAAUCACCCAAUCCCGUUGUGUCCGGUUCCGGUUCGGACGAACCGGACAACAGUACUAACCCUGCCGAACCGAAGGCCUGUCCGGACGAGCCGAACCGGCGGGUUUCAGUGGUGGACGAGCGGAAGCGGAGGCGGAUGCUAUCGAACCGGGAGUCGGCGAGGCGGUCGAGGAUGCGAAAACAAAAGCACUUAGAAAACCUAAGGAACCAGGUGAACCGGCUUAGGGUUGAGAACCGGGAACUCACGAACCGGUUGCGGUACGUGUCGUACCAUGUCCACCGCGUGAGUACGGACAACGCCCGCCUCCGGGCAGAACAGACCGUGCUACGGCAGAAGUUGUACGACAUAAGACAGAUUUUGCUUUUCCGGCGACUCGAACAGUUUCCUCCUGCGAUAUGGCCACCAUGCAAUACUGUCGUUUGACCCCGUCGUUAAUCACAUAAUUAUUUAAAACAAGAAUUACGAUGAUUAAAAAAAAAAAAAAUGAUCACGUUAAAU